AUCGUGCGGAAAGGGGCAGGGCAGAACCGGGUCGACGGUUGCGCUCGAAAGUAACGGCGCAGAGGGAAGAGGCGGAGGGUUUACAAAAGGUGGGGCCCCAUGGGGGGGUCGCGAGUGGUGAUGGUCGCGGUUCAAGCCGGCCCACCAAUCCAAGGAGGGAUAGGGAGGGGGCGGAGGAAGGUUGGCUGACGUGUUCUGAAUAUUUGUGGGGGGCGGGGCUGGUGGGAGGAGGAGGUCGCGGUAAAGAUUAUGAGCAGCGCCGCUGGGCGGGCAGAGGCGCGGAGGAGGUACAGCGGGAUAGGGGGAGCUGCGGUAUUGUUCCGGUGAACAUCCAUCGAGUGCGGCGGUGCUUUAGCACGGUUACGGAGCGGGAGCACCGAGCUGGAGUGGCUAAACUACAAGUCCAUCGAUCAGUCUCCUCGAUCCCGAAGGCGUCGGUGGUUAUGGGUCUGUUGUCGGAGGGGUCGCCAUUGAACUGGGAAGAGACGAAGAGAUACGCUGAUCACGUCCGCAAGCACGGCAUCAUCCAGUUCCUCAACAUUUACCAUAAAGUGAAGGACCGGCAGAAGGACGUGCUGAAAUGGGGAGACGAGGUUGAGUAUAUGUUGCUGUCAUUUGAUCAUGAACAUCAAAAAGUUCAAUUGCUGCUGCACGCAGAAGAGAUUCUUCACGAGCUCCAAAAUCAGGGUGAAAAGACAAAUCCCAACCAUCCCACUCUUUGGAGACCUGAAUAUGGCAGCUAUAUGAUUGAAGGUACUCCAGGGCAACCAUAUGGAGGAACAAUGGCAGAUUUUAAUACUGUGGAAGCAAACAUGAAGUUACGCCGACAAGAAGUGUUUUCCUUACUGAAAGUGAAUGAGACCAUCUGCACCAUCACAGCUUUCCCCAGGCUGGGAUGUCAUCAAUUCACACAACCUGUAUAUGAGCCUAAACCAGUUGAAAGUGGAGCCUCUAAAUCGCUGUUCUUUCCUGAUGAAGCAAUUAAUAAACAUCCAAGGUUUAGCACUUUGACGAGGAAUAUUCGCCACAGGCGGGGAGAAAAAAUAGCCAUUAAUGUACCAAUUUAUAAAGACAAAGGUGUUUCAUCUCCAUUUAUUGAAAGAUUUGUUAAUGAUGAUGGCGAAGCAGCAAGAGCAACAAAACCUGAUCACAUCUAUAUGGAUGCUAUGGGGUUUGGUAUGGGCAAUUGCUGUCUUCAGGUAACAUUCCAAGCAUGCAGCAUCUCGGAAGCCAGGUAUCUAUAUGAUCAGCUUGCUACAAUUUGCCCUAUUGUGAUGGCUUUGAGUGCUGCUUCACCAUUUUAUAGAGGUUAUGUGUCGGACAUUGAUUGUCGCUGGGGUGUAAUUUCAGCUUCUGUAGAUGACCGAACCAGGGAAGAAAGAGGUUUGGAGCCUCGAAAACAUAGCAAGUACAGGAUCAGUAAAUCCAGGUAUGAUUCCAUUGAUAGUUACCUCUCGAAAUGUGGUGAAAAAUAUAAUGACCUCGAAUUGACAGUUGAUGAUGAAAUCUACAAGCAGCUUCGAGAAGGAGGUAUUGAUCAUCUCCUGGCACAACAUAUAGCUCACCUUUUUAUUCGGGAUCCUUUGACACUGUAUGCAGAAAGGAUACACAUGGAUGAUGCAAAUGAAUCUGACCACUUUGAGAAUAUACAGUCUACGAAUUGGCAAACCAUGAGAUUUAAGCCGCCGCCCCCAAAUUCUGAAAUUGGAUGGAGAGUUGAAUUUCGACCUAUGGAGGUCCAGUUGACAGAUUUUGAGAAUUCUGCAUACGUUGUCUUUGUUGUACUGCUAACCCGAGUGAUCCUUUCAUACAAGUUGGAUUUUCUUAUUCCACUCUCUAAAGUGGAUGAGAAUUUGAUUGUGGCUCAAAAGCGUGAUGCUGUACGCCAAGGAAUGUUCUACUUUAGGAAAGAUAUUUACAAAGCUGGAAACCCAGUUGUUGAUGGCUGUGCUUGUGCACAAAAUGGCAUUGAUUUGGAUACAGAAGAGUAUGCAUUAAUGAGCAUAGACACAAUCAUUAAUGGAAAGGAAGGAGUUUUUCCAGGUUUAAUUCCAAUCAUAAAUAGUUACCUUGAAAACAUGGAAGUCGAUGUGGAUACACGGUGCAGCAUUUUAAACUACCUCAAACUGAUCAGAAAACGAGCUUCAGGGGAGUUGAUGACUGCAGCAUGUUGGUUGAGGAAGUUUGUUGCUGAUCAUCCCAACUACAAGCAAGAUGGUAUUGUAACUGAAAAAAUCAACUAUGACCUAAUUAUGAAGUGUGACCAAAUUGCAAAGGGGUUGCAUGACUGUCCAAAACUAAUUGGAGUACCAGUCAGCAAACCAAAACACUCAGAUGGCAAGCAGAGCACUGUUUGAUAUCAUGGAAUUGUAUACUUUGAUGUUAAUCAUACAUAUUUUGCAUGGUGCAGAGACCAAGAAAAUGCACAAACAAAUGAACAGGGCCAACCAUUUAAAUCAAAUCUUUAUUUUAUUGAUUGUUUAAAUCAAUGCAGAUUUGUGCAUUGCAGUUGUCAGAUGACAUGUAAGCUACAUGUACAUAUAUUGUUUUUAGAUUAACAAUGUAUUUUUAAUACGCUCUAACAUGGGUUGUUGCACAAAUUCUGCUGUAGAUACAAAUGAGAAAUGUACUUUGUAUAUAUAAUUUUCUUACAACAAAUUCCAUUGCUUUUUGUUCAUUGACUGUAAAUGUACUGAACUAAGUUGUUUUUGAUCAUGUGAGAAUAAAUAAUGAACCCUG